CUGCCGGCAAGCCAAAAUACGAAAGAAAAACAAUUAUCGUGCACCACUAAAGUUUCUUUAUGGCAUUCACAGAUAAACGCCAACAACGAAAAUUAACUAUCUAUUCGAAUUUAAAGCUCUAAUUACCUAUCAUUAUGUGUAAUUAUAUUUAUAUUAAGUUUGGAAAACAAUUGCGUGUUUCAUGUCUUCAUUUGUGCACAGAAUGUCAAAGGGCAUGUUUAUUUGGAAGCUAUUUAUAUUUAUUGUGAUCUCUUGCAACUAUGCUGAGGGAGUGUAUUACAAAAUUAAAAAUAUUGAAUGCAAAGCAAAUCGAAGUCAUUUUGAAAAUAUUUCAUGUACUCUGAAGCCCAUUAAUUGGACGCGGUCAAUAUUAAAUAUGGACGGUGAUAUUAUUGGAAAUUUGCCAAAUGCUUUUCUACUUGUGGAGACAUUUUAUCGAGACCAUACGAAUCUAUAUAAGCCAUUUAUUUUUAAGUUUAAAUACAAUAUCUGUCAACUGCUUGAUAAACGAAAACCCAGUAAUUUUUUGGAGAGAUAUGCAUUGCUUCAUUUAAAAUCGCUAACCAACAUUAAUCACAGUUGCCCAUAUUCGGGACAUUUGUUCGCUCGCAACUUCCACUUGGAUGAACUUUCAUUGCCACCGCUCCCUCUCCAAGAAUACAAAAUCAUUUUUAAUUUUACGUUAAGCAAUCCUUCGAUCAAUUUAGCAAUUAUAUUGCUGUAUUUCGAAGCACGGGAAGACUAUCACAAGAGAACCAGACCUGCUCGUUUCAAAUUGUUUAGUUAAUAUUUUAUAAUUUUAUUUUAACUGUAUAAGUACUUACUAAUAUAUGAAACAGCAGUUAUUUGCUGGUUACAGGGUA